GGCCUGGCCGGCGCCGUGUCCGCCCCUCUCGCCAGGCUGCGGCCCUGGGCCGGCGCCGCCCACUCCGGAGCCGGGGGAGGAGGGUGAUGUUCCCUUCCCCGCUCGCUGUGGUGCGGUCCCGGGGCGGGGCGGGGCGGAGUGGCAGCGGCGUGAGGCGCUGUCAGUGUCGGGUCCUGCAGCUCCGCGGAAGGAAGCGCCCAGAGCCCGCAGCAUGGAGUCGCACCGCUGGCUGCCCCUGGAGGCCAAUCCCGACGUCAUUAACCAGGCUUCUGGAAUCUUACAACUUAUGUUACAAAACCUGAAAUAAACUACAAACUGGAUAGCUGGACUGAAUAGUCCUUUUGACAGCCAAUUUCUCAAACAGUUAGGUAUACAUCCUGACUGGCAAUUUGUAGAUGUGUAUGGUAUGGAUCCAGAACUACUUAGCAUGGUGCCAAGACCUGUUUGUGCGGUGCUACUUCUCUUCCCAGUAACAGAAAAGUAUGAAACAUUCAGAACAGAAGAGGAAGAGAGAAUAAAAGCCCAGGGACAAAAUGUCAGAUCAUCAGUAUAUUUCAUGAAGCAAACCAUCAACAAUGCUUGUGGAACAAUUGGACUUAUUCAUGCUAUUGCAAACAAUAGAGAUAAAAUGAACUUCGAAUCAGAUUCUACACUGAAAAAAUUCCUGGAGGAAUCGUUACCUAUGAGUCCUGAAGAGAGAGCCAAAUAUUUAGAAACCUAUGAAGCUAUUCGUGUUACUCAUGAAUCCAGUGCCCAUGAAGGUCAGACUGAGGCACCAAGCAUAGAUGAAAAAGUAGAUCUUCACUUUAUUGCGUUAGUUAACGUAGGCGGUCAUCUCUAUGAAUUAGAUGGGCGCAAACCUUUUCCAAUAAACCAUGGACAAACUAGUGAUGACACUUUUUUAGAGGCUGCAGUAGAAGUUUGCAAGAAGUUCAUGGAACGUGACCCAGAAGAAUUAAGAUUUAAUGCAAUUGCUCUGUCUGCAGCUUAAUUAUCCCAUUUGGAAAAGCUGCACCACUAAUAUAUUGUAACAAAAUAAAAAUAUUGCCAUAUAUUAUGUAUGACUUUUGAUACUUUCACUAACAUGUUGAUGAAUUUGAGCAUAUGGUGGAUUAAAUCUUGAAUUAGUC